CGUAAACGCCCAUUUCCAAGCGAGGGGUGCGGACGAAACGCAUCAGAAACCUCGUUUCUCGUUUUCCGUGGCGGGCGCGCCAUCUUGGAUUUACGCCGGCACAGCGCUGAUUUUACAAGGAAAUUUGGACCAAAGUUACCGCAUAUUGAGCUCAGCUCUAUUUUCUAAUUCGUAAGGAAGACCCCACUACCCUCAAUCAUUCGACUCAGGAAUGCAGUAGGUACGAAGAAUUCUGACAGUGAAGAGAGCCGUAGGCUUGUUGAAGGUAUAAUGGCGCAUGGAACGGCUAGGCUUGUCUAAGUUUAUCCCCGAGUUGAGUUGAUUUUCCUUGUUUUGCUGCGUUUGCCUGAUUCCGACACAUUUCGCAAGCUUAUGUUGGGCGCCAGCUGCUUGAAAGCAACUUCUCCUUUAUUCAAAGUUUCAAUCCGUUCAUCCGCAAAAUGGCGUUGCCCAGUAGGGCACGAGUCUAUGCAGAGGUGAAUUCUCACAAGCCGCGAGAUUACUGGGACUAUGAAUCAUAUGUUGUAGAUUGGGCGCAACAAGAUGACUAUCAGUUAGUGCGCAAACUUGGAAGAGGGAAGUACAGUGAAGUGUUUGAAGCAAUGAAUAUUGCCAAAAAUGAACGAUGUGUAGUCAAAAUAUUAAAGCCUGUGAAGAAGAAGAAGAUUAAGAGAGAAAUUAAGAUCUUGGAAAAUUUGCGUGGUGGCACAAACAUAAUCACACUGCAGGCAGUGGUGAAGGACCCGGUGUCCAGAACACCAGCACUCAUUUUUGAACAUGUGAACAACACUGACUUCAAACAGCUGUAUCAAACUCUAACAGACUAUGACAUUCGUUACUAUCUGUAUGAAUUACUGAAGGCUUUAGACUACUGUCAUAGUAUGGGAAUCAUGCACAGGGAUGUGAAGCCUCACAAUGUCAUGAUUGACCAUGAGAACAGAAAAUUGAGACUCAUUGAUUGGGGUCUUGCAGAAUUCUACCAUCCAGGCCAAGAGUACAAUGUCCGUGUUGCAAGCCGUUAUUUCAAAGGGCCUGAGUUGCUAGCAGACUACCAGAUGUAUGAUUAUUCUCUAGACAUGUGGUCUUUGGGUUGCAUGUUGGCUAGUAUGAUCUUCAGGAAAGAACCAUUUUUCCAUGGACAUGACAAUUAUGACCAGUUGGUGAGAAUUGCCAAGGUGCUAGGCACUGAAGAAUUGUUUGAGUAUCUUGAGAAGUACCAUGUUGAACUAGAUCCUAGAUUUAAUGACAUUCUUGGCAGACAUUCACGAAAGCGAUGGGAACGUUUUGUCCACACUGAAAAUCAACAUUUGGUUUCCCCUGAAGCAUUGGAUUUCUUGGAUAAACUCCUACGAUAUGAUCAUUAUGAGAGGCUGACAGCACGAGAAGCUAUGGAACAUCCUUACUUCUACCCCAUUCUAAAGGAUCAGGGGCGUCUCAAUAUGGUUUCUUCCUCACCUACUCCCAUGUCAGGCACUGGGCCUGCUGGUGAAUAGGAUUACAGGUGGAAAUUUGGUUAAUUUUUACUUGCCAACACCACCUGUUAUUUUACCAACAUCAACUGGCAACAGUAAUCUACAACCAUGACUAUGAAGUGGUUGUAUGAAGUAAUUAUUCCAACAAACUAGAAACAAGAAAAUGAAGUGAUUAGCAUUUUUCCGUAAUGGAAACCUAUUUAAAUGGUAAAACAUUUUGUAAGGUUACCUGCUGGACAUUUGUUUAAAGAAGAAAAACUGGAAGAUGUUUCUUCAUUUUGACAUGUUAAAGAUAAUUCAGUAAGAUCUCUUAAGCAUUUUAUGUAUCUAUAGCUGAGGAUUAAAACAGGAGCAAAUAGAAAAUGUUGAAGGGGCUGCUUGUUUGCUACUGCUUUAACCAUUCAAAAAGCUGUAAGAGCACUUACUGCAUUAACUAUACCAUGCACUUUAGUUACUUCAGAUCAAACAAUCUUGUAUUGUAUGUGUGUGUGUGUGAAUGUGUGUGCGCUUGUAUGGCUGAAUAUCUGUGGACAAGUUGCUGUUGGCUGCAUUUUUCAGUUUUGAUUCCGUACUUGGGAGUUUGAUCUGCUGUUUUCAUUUAAUGUACUUGCAAUUCUCUAUUAUUUUAACAGAACAUAGUAUUGGAAUUACCAGGGAUCCAGCUGGUAAUCAAAAUUGCCAAUUGACACUUGUCACACAAUUUACUUUACAGCAGCUAUAGGUCUAAACUGUACCUUUCAGUCUUUUUAAAUGUUAGUUCAAGUAAUUUAAUAUAGAGAUGCAAAACUGAAUACUGAUAGUAGGAAACUUUGUAUUUGAAUUACAUUGGGAAGAGUGUCCAUUGUGAUUAUUUUGAGGGUUCUCUUAAGCUCUCCUCACUUUCAGACACCUAGUUCUAUACUGUACAUGAAUGUCAUUAAACAUCUUUUAUCCCAAGACAACCAAAUUUCGUCUCAUUUUUUGUGCAAUUUAUUUAUUGUAAAGUCUUGUAUCUUUUCUAGUUGAAUGGAAAGUAUAGCUCAGUUUAUGUACUAAUGAAUUGUCCUACAAUUGAGGGCCCUUAUCAAUUUUCUUUCUACCCUCUACUUGAGUUAACAUUGUGAUAUUUGUUCUCAAGCCUGAAAGCAGCUUUUGUAUGGAUAAGAAACCUGACACUUUUCAUCCGAUCUAAAUGACAAGCAUGUUCUGGCAAAAGCAAGAAUACUCCUAAGCUCUGAAUUCUAACAGAAGCAAAGUCUGGAAAUUUAAGGGUAAUUAUUAAUGUACAUUUUACCUUGUAUACCUCAGUUCUGUUGUGAAAAAUCAUGCAUAUAUUGGGGUCUGAAGUGAUAAAAAAGAAAAAUCACUGUUGGGGGUACUGGAAUGACAUACUUUCAUUACAAUUUCAUCUGGGAACCUGUAAAACCUAUUUUCUCGUAUAUUUUGUGUGCACUGCCCACUCACAUUGAGUUCACUGUGUAUAUUGUGUUUUCUUUUUUUUAAUUUUUAUUAUAUUGAAAUCUAAUCCAUUGUAAACAUUGUGACAUUUUCCAGUGAUAAACAGCUGAUGUUCCAUGAAUAUUGUUAGCAUUUUCUGUGGAGUUGUUCAUUUCCUGUAUUGUGGACUUGUUUGCUUCUUGCUGAGUGCAUGUGACAUUUUUGUUGUAUAUAUGUGCCGAUAUACAGCAGCUGAUUAAAUGGAUGUUAUUCAUUUUC